AUGUCAUCAAGCAGCAGAUUGGGAACCUCGAGAAGACGUCAACAGACCAGAUCCACCACAGACCAGAUCCACCACAAUCCAGAUCCACCACAGACCAGAACUACCACAGACCAGAUCCACCACAGACCAGAUCCACCACAGACCAGAUCCACCACAAUCCAGAUCCACCACAGACCAGAUCCACGGCAGACCAGAUCCACCACAGACCAGAUCCACCACAAUCCUGAUCCACCACAGACCAGAACUACCACAGACCAGAUCCACCACAGACCAGAUCCACCACAGACCAGAUCCACCACAAUCCAGAUCCACCACAGACCAGAUCCACAGCAGACCAGAUCCACCACAGACCAGAUCUACCACAGACCAGAUCCACCACAGACCAGAUCCACCUCAGACCAGGUCCACGCCAGACCAGAUCCACCACAGACCAGAUCUACCACAGACCAGAUCCACCACAGACCAGAUCCACUACAGACCAGAUCCACCACAAUCCAGAUCCAUCACAAUCCAGAUCCACCACAAUCCAGAUCCACCACAGACCAGAUCGACCAGAAUCCAGAUCCAUCACAAUCCAGAUCCACCACAAUCCAGAUCCACCACAAUCCAGAUCCACCACAAUCCAGAUCCACCACAGACCAGAUCCACAUCAAUCCAGAUCCAUCAAAGACCAGAUCCACCACAAUCCAGAUCCACCACAGGCCAGAUCCCCCACAGACCAGAUCCACUACAGACCAGAUCCACCACAAUCCAGAUCCAUCACAAUCCAGAUCCACCACAAUCCAGAUCCACCACAAUCCAGAUCCACCACAGACCAGAUCCACCACAGACCAGAUCCACCACAGACCAGAUCCACCACAAUCCAGAUCCACCACAGGCCAGAUACACCACAGACCAGGUCCACUUCAGACCAGCUGUGUUCUUGUGAUCACACAUGGAGCCAUGCUCAGGGUCAAAGGUCGCGUGGUCUCUUCUUCUGUGGUGGAUGAUGACGAGCGACCCUCAGGCCCCUGGCAGCAGUUCAGUCAGCGAGUAAACAAGAUGGAACCGCAGAAGAAGAAAAACACACAAUGA